AUGGCAGAAGUGACGGAAUGUUGCAGUGCGAUUUCCACAUUCAUUGAACAUGGCAUGGAACGUCGUGAAUCUCUCAACAAGGCGAUCGAAUCUGGGCUCUCAACUGUAAAUGAGUCUCUGAACGGUUGUAAAGAUAGUGCAUCGAGUGGUAUUGAAGAAUUGCGUAAAUGGAUACAAGAAUCUGAGGAGCUUUGUAAAACCGUUAUGCCAAAGAUUAUUGCACUCUCAGAUUGCUCUACUCUGCUCAUCAACGAGAAACUAAACAGCCAGAUAGCAGAGUUCACGGUACUGAACACCGAUGUUUCGCAGCUCCUUUCAGUUGUUAGGAACGAGACGAUGAAACUAUCGCAUACACUGGAGGAGUUGAAAAAGGAGUCGGAUUUUAUGCUGAAGUUGAGGCGAGAGUGCAUCGACGAAAGCCGUGCUCAAAGAGUGAAUGCCAUCAGCACGCUGAGGCAGCAACAGCAACAGCGGACGCAGAAGAUAAAUGAGCUGGCGCAGGCUAUUGUCGCCGAAUGUCUUCACUAUCAAGCGGAGAAUAACGAGACACUUGAGCAAAUCGAAUCCCAAGACAAUGACAUGUUAGAAAGAAAUCUCAACGAAAUCGAGACAUGGCAGUCGACGUUCCAAGGACGCGGCGAUAUCGCUCAUGAUGCCAUUACAUCUGCCAACGAAACCGUUAACAAAAUUUCGGGGACGGUAACUGCAAGCGUAAUCGAAUCCCAGGACAAUGACAUGUUAGAAAGAAAUCUCAACCAAAUCGAGACAUGGCAGUCGACGUUCCAAGGACGCGGCGAUAUCGCUCAUGAUGCCAUUACAUCUGCCAACGAAACCGUUAACAAAAUUUCGGGGACGGUAACUGCAAGCGUGUCGUCUUCUAUUGGUGUUCUCAAGGAUGUAUGUACGCAUGCGAUGGAAGCGCACUCCUCUUUGGCGGAAAACAGCACCUCUUUCGCUGACGAAAUAGCCGCAAGAAGUAAAUGCGUAAGCUCUAAUGUGACGGAUUUGUUGAACUCCAUAAUGUGA